AUGGAGGGCCUCAACAAUGGCGACACCGCAUGGAUGGCAAUGUCCUGCGCGCUGGUGCUCUUCAUGACGCCGGGGCUCGCCUUCUUCUACGGAGGUUUAGUGCGUGACAGCAACAUCGUCAACACCAUGAUGAUGUCUAUCAUCUCGAUGGGACUCACGACCAUCACUUGGCUGAUCUUCGGCUUCAGCUGGUCCUUCGACGAGUGGGGCGCAGGUAAGGGCUUCACGUACGUGGGCUUCCGUCAUCUCCAAGACAAGGUCUGGCCCGACACCACCAUGCCAGGCCUGACCUUCGCAAUCUUUCAGAUGACCUUCGCCAUCAUUGCAGCAGCGAUCAUCUCGGGCGCGGUGGUGGAGCGCAUUCGGUUCUCGGCCUAUGCCAUGUUCAUCGUCGUCUGGGUCCUUGCGGUGUACGUGCCACUGUGCCACUGGAUCUGGGGCGGCGGCUGGAUCGCAGAGAUGGGCGCCAAGGACUUUGCUGGUGGGACGGUGGUCCACAUCAGCUCCGGCACUUCCGCCUUUGCACUUGCAUCGCUGCUGGGCGAGCGCAAGCACCGAGCAGAGUCCUUCCCCAGCAACCUGCCGUUCGUCAUCUUGGGCGGUGGCAUCCUGUGGCUUGGAUGGACCGGCUUCAACGGCGGAUCUGCCUUCGCCGCCAACGGAGACUGCGCCUUGGCCGUGGCAACGACGUACAUCGCGGCGGCUGCGGCAAUGAUCAUGUGGGUCACGGUGGAGCGCAUCCUGGACGGGGCCCCCACGUCCAUCGGUGCCAUGUCCGGCGCGGUGGCUGGACUUGUGAACAUCACUCCCUGUGCCGGCUUCGUGGAGCCCUUGGGUGCUCUGGGAGUUGGUGCAAUUGGCGCGCUCUGCUGCAUCUUCGCAGCUCGUGGCCUGAAGAAGCUGAACCUUGUGGAUGACUCGCUGGACUGCUUCAGCCUCCACGGCGUCGGAGGCUUCGCCGGUGCCAUCCUUGGCGGCUUCUUCGACACCGGGGAUGGCUUGAUCUACGGCAACGAUGGAAUGCUGCUGGUCAAGAACCUCGCCGGCGCCGCUUUUGGCGUGGUCUACUCCGCAGCGGUCACGGCGGUGAUCUUCUUCCUCAUGCGCCUCGUGAUGCGCAUGAGGGUCAGCGAGGAGCAGGAGCUGGAAGGUGUGGAUCUUCACUGCCACUCCGAGGUUGCCUACGGCAAGAACGAGAACUCGGGCAAGCCCAACGCCUUUGGCGAGCACUCCCAGCGUUUCAGGCCCGAGGAGGCACCGACGCUCCUGACAAGCACCGCAGCCGCAGCCGCCUCAGAGAAGCCCACUGCCACAGCGACAGAGGUUUGA